UCCUUGACGCCAAUAGAAAUUUGCAAAAAAAGUUUUGUUUUCUGCGAAACAUUGCAAGCAAAUGGAGAAGCAUAUUUCUAAAAUUAAAGUUCCCUGUGGAAAUCAGCCAAUAUAUAAAGAUGAAUGUGUCUAUUCAUAUGAUAAUCCCGAGACUCCAACGGGUCUUUAUGUCAGCCUAACCAGUUUCCUUGGUUUUGGUGAGGAAUAUGUUCGGAAAUAUGCCGAAAAGUCAGGCAAUUGUGUGUUUUUGCACAUACGCCGGGAAAAAAUACCCAUUGAAGAUGACCAAGUCAAGAGUGGCGAUGAAGCCGGGCCUGAACGUAAAAUAACACGUUUGGCCAUUGGCCUUGAGGGGGGAUACAAUGAUGCGAAUAGCAAAAAAUAUGAAUACAAAGAUCAUUACAGUGUUGUGGUGGCUCCAGAUAUAGAAACGAAAAUUCCUUACCCCAACAAUGACUUGCCAUUAAUUGUAACACAAUCGGUUGAGGCGAUAUUGGCCCAAGAAUCAGCCAUAUCACAACUCGAGAAGCAGACAUUAACCGGCACUUGGGAUGGUGAGGUACGUGUGGUAACCAAAUACUCUGAAAACCUAACCCAAUUGAAUAAUGGCAAAAAGAUUCCUCCCUCUGGGUGGAAGUGUGAAAAAUGUGAUUUGACCAACAAUUUGUGGUUGAAUUUGACUGAUGGCUCGAUUUUGUGUGGCCGCAAGUUCUUUGAUGGUUCCGGCGGCAAUGACCAUGCCGUGGAACAUUAUCGUAUAACAAACUACCCCUUGGCCGUUAAAUUGGGUACCAUAACCAAAGAUCGCUCGGGUGCCAUAACGGCCGAUGUAUUUUCAUAUCCCGAAGAUGAUAUGGUUGUUGACUCACACCUUGAACAACAUUUGACCCACUUUGGCAUUAACAUUGCUGCCAUGAAGAAAAGUGAGAAAUCAAUGGUGGAAUUAGAGCUGGAAAUCAAUCAACGUAUUGGAGAGUGGUCCCUACUAACGGAGAGUGAUAGCGAGUUACAACCUUUGGCUGGACCAGGUUAUACUGGAAUGCGCAACUUGGGCAAUUCAUGUUACAUUAACAGUGUAAUGCAGGUAUUGUUUACACUGCCAGAUUUUAAAUCGCGAUUUGUGGGCCAAGGAGCUGAAAAGUAUUUCAACGAAUUUCCAGCAGAUCCAGCAAAUGAUUUCAAUAUCCAAGUAGCAAAGUUGGGCAAUGGUUUGUGGAGUGGUAAAUACAGCAGCAUAUCGGAGAACACCUUGGAUUCUGAAAGCACCGGCAUUUCCCCGGCCAUGUUUAAAAAUCUCAUUGGCAAGGGCCACCCGGAUUUUGGCACAAAACAACAACAAGAUGCCUAUGAUUUUUAUUUGCAUUUCAUUAAUUUAUUGGAACGCCACUCACGCAAUCAAUUCAAUCCCAUUGAUUCGCUUACAUUUGGUGUAGAGGAGCGUGUGGAGUGUAUGGCUAGCAAAAAAGUUAAAUACACCAGCCGUGAAGAAUACUGUCUUCCAUUGGUUAUACCGCUGGAAAAGGCCACCAAUUUGGAUGAAGUCAAAGAGUAUUUGGAGAAAAAGGCUGAAUGCCCGGCAGGAACCACAAAUGAUAUAGUGCGCCAUAAGGUUCCCCUGCAGGCUUGCUUGGAACGCUUCUUUGCCGAUGAAAUUAUUGAUCAAUUUUAUUCAACGGCCAUUAAGGAUAAGACUACAGCUAGGAAAACUGCCCGUUUGGUUAAUAUGCCUGAUUUUCUUAUGAUGCAUUUACGUAAAUUCACCUUGUCCGAUGAUUGGGUACCCAAAAAGUUGGAUGUGGCCGUUCAAAUGCCCGAUGAAUUAGAUUUGUCAAAUUGGCGUGCCACAGGUAAACAGGCAAAUGAAGAAGAGCUACCUGAAUGCGAGGUAGCAAAACCUGCAUUUGUUUUUGAUGAGGGCAUUUUGUCGUCAUUGGUACAAAUGGGUUUCCCGCCAGAGGCAUGCAAACGGGCCGUGUUUAAUACGAAAAACAGUGGCCUAGAAGCAGCAUCCAAUUGGUUAAUGGAACACAUUGGUGAUGCAGACUUCUCGGAUGAGUUUGUAGUGCCCGAGGCAAAUGCCUCUCAGGGCGGUAAUGUGUUCACCCCUAACCCCGAGAGCCUUGCAAUGCUCAUGAGCAUGGGCUUUAAUGAACAGCAGGCCACCAAAGCCCUCAAGGCCACAGAUGGUAAUGUAGAGCGGGCCACAGACUGGAUAUUUUCUCAUGUCGAUGAUAUGGAUGUUGCUGAGGACACAGCUACUGAGACUGCCAACGAGGCCGCCGACAGCAAUGCAACAAAAAAGAAUUAUCGCGACGGCAGCGGUAAAUAUAAACUGGUUGCCUUUAUUUCACACAUGGGCACAUCCGCCCAAGUGGGUCAUUAUGUUUGUCACAUCAAAAAGGACGGUCAAUGGGUCAUAUUCAAUGACAGCAAAGUUGCUCUCUCACAAAAUCCACCCAAAGAUCUGGGCUAUCUGUAUCUAUACAAACGUGAAGAGUAAAAGAUGAUGAUGAGAAAUCUGCAAGUGUUCUGUCCCCCUAGUCUUUGGUUAAAAAAAUGCGACAAAUUCAAAGCUUUUUUUUAUAAAUGAAAGAAAAUACAUUACAACUUAAACUCAUGCCUCUGUACUGUUUUCGAUAAGAAAAAUUCUGAUAUUAAAUAAAAAGAGAAUUUCUAAAGAAAUAAAAA